AUGGGAGAUCUGGGCACUGUCCUCCUAGCCGAUGCGGCAGGAUCGAUGCCUGAGGCGACAAGGUACAGUAGUACGUACAACGACCGCGUGAUCCAAGUCGAGUCGGUGAGCACCGCCUCGGACGAGCUGCCGCUAAGUGGCGUCUCCAGUUUCCCGGGCGCUGCGUAUCGGCCCCGUCCCUGCACCCAUUGGGAGGGAUCUCCACUGCGCUGGUCCCAACCGGAACGCCUCCAGGUGGGCAGGGACGAGAUAUUCGCCGUAUUACGGAGUACGGGGCCGCCCGAGCUCAUCUUCAGCGCGACAGUCCACGGCGUCCAGCCCGAGUGA